CAUUAUAAAUAGCUGAGACCUCCAGUGUGUUCUCCAAUCCUCGGGUAGAUGGUGCCAGCUGGUGCCAUCUAUUGUCAGCCACAGAGGGCAAGAUGAAGCUUUGCUUGCUUUUGUUUAUCUUCGUGUUGGUUCACGGGGAGCUGGCCGAAUCGCCCGGCGAUGGCGCGCUGUCCCCCGAGGCCGACGGGACGGGUGUGCAGAUGGCGAGGAGCCUCCGGGACCUCGAAGAAGAAAGGGACUUGAGGAGAUUUGGCUUCUUUAAGAAAGUCUUCAAAGGAAUUAAGAAACUCGGAAGGCGCAAGAGCAUACAGCGCCAGGAUAGCGAAGACAGCGAAGAUUAUGAGGAACGAGAGAGGCGAGGAUUUGGGAAGAAGUUGAGAAAGAAAAUGAAGAAGCUAAAAAAGAAAAUGAAGAAGAUGAAAAAGAAGAUGAAGAAGAUGGCUAAGAAGAUGAAAAAGAAAAAGCAGAAGCUGAAAGAAAAAGUAAAGAAGCUAUCAAAUGAAAUAUCUUCUGCAAAAAAUAAGGCAAUAGAGAAAGUGACAGGAUCAGGAAUGGAACAAGAAAAUGGUGAGGGUGACGGAAACGGAAAUGUUGAAGGAGGAGAACCCGCUGGAGAAGAACCCGCCGGAGGAGAACCUGCCGGAGGAGCAGAACCUGCCGGAGGAGCAGAACCUGCCGGAGAAGAACCCGCCGGAGGAGGAGAAGGAGAAGCAAGCGAAGGCCAGGCAGCGUGAGGCAAAGACACACCAGACGGUUCCAACGAGUACGAGAAACCUUCAUGGUUUUGGAGUAAUGACACAGGUGCACAACUACCCUAACGAACUCCUACCACCCAAACUCGACCCAGUGUGAGUAAUAGUUCUGCUUACUCUGGGUCGCGCCAGGGAGGCUAGUUAUAUACAACUGGUUACCUUAGAAGUCUCGACUCCGAUUGGUGCCUUAACGAUGACAGGUUCCCAUAAUGACUACCCGAAAGGACUCACCAGUUUUUGUUCUUCUGAUCUCAGUUGUGAUUCUGAUAUUACUACAUGAUACUGUUAUCUUUGGGUCCAUAAAAUACGAUAUUAUUGAAUAUAUGUUCAUGGAAUAUAGGUUAUCACAUUGUUCAUAGAAGUUGUUAUCAUUAUUACUGUUAUUAUUGUCAUUAUCAUUAUAAUUAUUAUCAUUAUCAUUGUUAUUAUCAUUAUUAUUAUUAUUAUCAUUAUUAUUAUUAUUAUCAUGAUUAUUAUCAUCAUCAGCAGCAUUAUUAUUGCAUUCCAUAUUGUUUAUGUUAUUAAUUGUUAUUAGUUAUUUCACUUUCAUUAGUUAUUAUAUGUUGAAAUGUGUCCAGCAAACCAUUCCAUAACACAUAUUACUGUAUUUAUUAUGGUUAGUAUUUGACAUGUUCGUUAACAGAUUACCAUGCAGUUAUAUCACUUUCAGUGAACUCUAAAUAUAAUCAAAUUUAUGCAAAAGUUCCCUUUUUUAUUAUAUUUUCUGCAUCUGAUCUCUAAAAUGUAUGGAAAAAAAUAUUAUGUGAAAAAUUAACUGUUUAGAGAGUUUACUGUUAAUUGUCUAAUAAAUUUCAGCAAACAUAU